AAAAAAAGGAAAAGGAGGAAGGGAGCAUUUUUUUUAUGCAAGUUUUCCAAGAGGAGUAUAAAUCCUCUGGAGACUAAUUUAAACCUUUUUACAUUUUUUUCAUUGUCUCACGCUCUCUUUGGCCUGUUUUCGUCUGCCUGAAUGCCAUUCCCAGUGUUCAGGAAGCUCUGACGAGAUAUGUACAGUACAGAGGAGCGAGGGACAAAUACACAGGAGCAUCUAAUGGCUAUUGUUCUUGGGAAAGUUACUUAUUGAAAAGAAAGAUUGCUAAUUCUAUGUUCAACCCCACUUUUAGAAGGCUACUAAAAAGGGAAUGUAAAUUACUAACUCUUAAAUAAACUUAACUUCAUAUUGAUUACAAAAUGGCUUUAGUUAUUGAUCAACAUCCUAGAUUUAAACCUCCUGCUCGAUCGCAAAGAUGUAGACUUCUAACGUUUACACACCUCGAUUUUUUUGCACGCGAAAAGAGUUCAAAUGACGUGUUUCAUUCCAUUGGGCAAGCUGAACUUACUACUAAUACUAGCUUUCAUCGCAGUAUAUCUACUCCUUGCUUAACUUUAACUAAAAAGGCGGAAGAAGAUUUUGAUGAGAGUCGGAAAGUUGAACUCAUUGGGGGUAAAGGUGCCUUUAAAGUGCGAGCACUUGUUGUAGAAGUUGCUAUAGCUUUGGCUUCUGGUGUACAUCCGAUGCCUAUUUGUAAUGGGCUCGGUGGUGCGUACUUAUUGAAUAACCGUAAUGGAGAAGCUAUUGCAGUAGCAAAACCUAUUGACGAAGAACCUUUAGCAUUGAACAACCCAAAAGGGUUCACAGGGAGAAUGCUUGGCCAACCUGGCUUAAGACGCUCAAUUAGAGUUGGCGACACUGGAAUUAGGGAGUUGGCUGCUUAUAUUCUUGAUCAUGAUGGGUUUGCUGGAGUUUCUCCAACGGCACUUGUAAAAUUUUCGAAUGUUAACUUUCAUGUCAAUAAUUCAUCACCAACUUCAUGUUCGAGAUACAAGAUUGCUUCUCUUCAGCGUUUUGUAGAACACGAUUCUGAUGCAGGUGACUUAAGUCCUUCUGGUUUUUCUGUCUCGUCUGUACAUCGCAUUGGAAUAUUCGAUAUAAGAGUCCUUAACAUUGAUCGACACUCUGGGAAUAUACUUGUUGGAAAGUAUGAACGAGAUAAGCACUCUCUUGGUGCUGCUAAACUCAUUCCUAUUGACCAUGGACUUUGUUUACCUGAGUGGCUAGAUGACCCAUAUUUUGAGUGGCUCCAUUGGCCUCAAUCAUCAAUUCCUUUCUCAGAUGAUGAAAUGAACUACAUAUCAAAAUUAAACCCUUUUGAAGAUGCAAAACUUUUGCGAACUCAAAUUCCUAGUCUUGGUGAGGCUUCAAUUCGUGUUUUUGUGAUUUGCACAAUUUUCCUUAAAAGGGCAGCCUCUGUAGGACUUUGUCUUGGUGAAAUUGGUGAAAUGAUGACUCGGGAUUGCCUUGGUGGAGAGGAAACUAUGAGUGUGUUAGAGACUAUUUGUGCUAGAGCAAAGGUCGCAGUAGCCUCCGCGCUAACAUUCAAUAUUCACUAUGGCGAUACCCAAACAGAAGACGAGAAGGAGUUCCCUUUGUUUCAAUUCGACGAGGAGUGUGAACACGACAACAUGUUAAACCAACCAAAUACGACUUGUCUAAGCAAAACACCUCAUUGCAAAAUGGAAGUUAAAAACUUAAGGCCGAUGGCUAUAUGUGUUAAUCAUGAUGUAGUCCAGGAGACAACAAAAGCUAACAGCAUUAAGGCAAGUGAAAAUCGUAAAGGAGCAAACUUAGUUAAGAGCAUAAGUUUUGCAACACCAGGUAGGAUGAAUGAUAUUGAGGGAAUUUCUUUUGGUGAAAUGGAAGAAAGAGAAUGGGAUUUCUUCCUUGAGGCAUUUGAUAUGCUUUUACCAGAAGUGUUUGAGGAGCGAAAGAAUUUUAGUAUAACCCAAAGGGUCGGAUCAGCAUGAUUCUUAUUACUCCCUUCUUCCCAUGAUUUUACUACACAUCUUAUUUUAGUCUGUUCUCUCUUUUAAACACAAAUACCCCACCAAAACCUAAGUUUUAUUUCUCUGUUUUAGACUAAAACCAAUAUUCACUCAAGACGUAACCCAUUUACAAAUCCUAUUAAUCUAUUAUAAUACUCACUUUCUCCCUUUUUAUUGAUUUAUUUGCAAACCCUACAGUAGCAAACUCAUAGAGAUAGAGAAAAGAAAUAUAACUUUAGAUAAAUCAAAUACCCACCAUAGUCCAUAUGAUUUAGGAAUGCUAUCUUUAAACAUAAUUGUAUCAUUAGAUAUAUACUCUAUUGGUGUAUAGAGAGCCAUAAAUACCCACCAUUGGUCACGUAGACAAGAUUCGCUCCCUAAUCUUAGAUAUUUCUUCGUUACAUAGAAUUUGCAAUAUUUUAUUUUUUUGCUAUUUGAGAGUUUUCGAGAAAUUUAUAGCAAAUUUUAUGAGACAGAAUCUGUAUACUAACUAAUGCUAAAAUGUAGAUAUAGUUUUAGGUCUGAGGGAAAAAGAGAUAGUUUCCAUUCUACCUUCUUCCUCUUCUUUCAUUUCCUAGUUUUUUUCAUAAAUUUUAUUGUCAAUUUGCAAAGAAAAAAUGAUAAUAUAAAAAUGUACAAGUAUACAUUUUGCAAUGGAAAACAAUUUAAUGUAAUGCAC